AUGUAUGAACGGGUCUUAUGACUAACAACUAGUUGUUUAAUUCUCGCCUCUUAUAGUAUCGAUAACAUUUACAUACAAUGAUGUGUAAAUUAAAGUGUAGUGUAUUUCGCAAAUAGACAGAAAUUGUGUCCAGUGACUUGCGAUGUAAAGAAAUAAUAGUUAAUGAGUGAAAUAUAGGAAAACAAACAGUUUACAUGAUGGUCAUACAAGUUAUUGCUCCAAGUUAAACUAUCUUGAAUGAAACGGAUAAUAAAAAUUGCAGGAAUGACAGCAACUUAAAGGAAAUUUUAAUAUUUACGUAAAAUUUCAAAUAAAUAAGGGACAUACAAGCGCUUACACGUAACAAUUUCAUAAAUAAGGUAGCUUUGAUCGCCCUAUUUAAGGAGCGAUUGUGGAGAUGAAUUUUUUUCUUAGUGUGUUGUUAAUAGCAAUUCUUAAAGAUAACUAUGAUUACUGGCCAUCAAGGGCAGGUUGUCAAACCCUAGCAGCAAAUAUAUGGUCUGACAAGACGACUGCACAAAAUGAGUCGAUAAAUUUGACUAAUGCAAAUGCACCGAUAAAGAAUGCAAAGAAUCUGAAUUCUACGAUUACAAAUGUAGCUACGUUUGACACCAAAUUGAAUCACCUAUUAGUGGACACCAUUACUGGACGAGUCUUUGUUGGUGGUGUUAACAGGUUGUAUCAGUUGUCGCCUGAUUUGGAGCUUUCCGAAGCUGUGAAAACGGGGCCUCAAAAUGAUUCCGUCGAGUGUAGCAUUCUUGAUUGUCCAUUAAAUGCUGUUCGCAGUCCGACGGACAAUUAUAAUAAGGUCUUGCUCAUUGAUCGUGCAACUUCAAGACUUAUUGCGUGCGGAUCACUAUUCCAAGGUACAUGCACAGUUCGUAAUCUUCAGAAUGUCAGCAUAAUUGAGCAUGAAGUUCCUGAUGCUGUUGUGGCAAAUGAUGCCAACUCCUCAACCGUAGCAUUUAUUGCGCCGGGACCUCCGCAACAUCCGGUGACAAAUGUGAUGUACGUCGGAGUUACAUACACAAAUAAUUCACCGUACCGCAGUGAAAUACCCGCAGUUGCAUCCCGCUCUCUCGAAAAGACUAAAAUGUUUCAGAUUGCUUCUUCGGCAGUUACAACUGGAACGAGAACUUUUAUAAACUCAUACGCACGUGAAACAUAUUUUGUCAACUAUGUUUAUGGAUUCAGUUCUGAGCGAUUUUCUUACUUUCUAACAACACAGUUAAAGCACAGUCACCACUCUUCUCCUAAAGAGUACAUAACGAAACUCGUACGAAUAUGCCAGGAAGACUCAAACUAUUAUUCUUACACUGAAAUUCCAGUGGAAUGUAUAAGUGAUGCUCAAGGCGGGACUAAAUUCAACUUGGUUCAGGCUGGAUUUUUGGGAAAACCUAGCUCAGACCUGGCUCAAAGCUUGGGUAUAUCUAUUCAGGAUGAUGUCCUCUUUGCUGUGUUUUCAAAAGGAGAAGGGAAUACACCAACGAACAAUUCUGGACUCUGCAUUUACUCAUUAAAAUCUAUUCGUCGAAAGUUUAUGCAAAACAUAAAAUCCUGUUUUAACGGAAGUGGCAUGCGGGGCCUGGACUUUAUAUCACCCAGCAUGCCCUGUGUUUUAACGAAACUGCAAACCAUUGGAGAGGACUUCUGUGGAUUAGAUGUAAACUCACCUCUAGGAGGAGAAACCCCCAUUACUUCAGUGCCGGUGGCCAUGUUUAACACAAAGUUAACUUCUGUUGCUGCUACGAGUACAAGCGGGUAUACUGUUGUUUUCGUGGGGACCAGCGAUGGGUUCCUCAAGAAAGUUGUAAUCGAGUCUUCAUCUAUUGCCAACGAGUAUGCUAGUUUUGCAGUAGACGUAGGGUCUGAAAUUAAUCGGGAUAUGCAGUUUGACAACCAAAACCUUUAUAUUUAUGUCAUGUCCAAAACAAAAGUAUCCAAGGUUAAAGUAUUUGAUUGCUCAGAUUACAAAACAUGUGGAGAUUGCUUAGGUGCUAGAGAUCCAUAUUGUGGCUGGUGCUCAUUGGAAAACAAAUGUAGCCCACGCUCCAACUGCCAAGACGACGCAAACGAUCCUCUCUAUUGGGUUAGCUAUAAAACAGGAAAAUGUACAACAAUAACAAGUGUUGUGCCACACCAACUACAACGUACUACAGCCCGAACUUUAGAGCUAAUCAUAGAUCAUUUGCCUCAACUAAAAGAGAAUUUAAUAUGUGCAUUUACUACAGAGGAUAAAGCCCUUUUCACUAAUGCCACAAAAAAAAGAAAUGGGGUAAACUGCACGACACCACGAACGGAUAUGCUACCCCAAAUUGAACAAGGAAAACAUCACUUUACUGCCAAACUAUCUGUUCGCACCAGAAAUGGACCCGACUUAGUGUCCACGGAUUUCACUUUCUUUGAUUGCAGUACGCACUCUUCAUGUACACGUUGUGUGUCCUCGGAGUUUCCAUGUGACUGGUGUGUCGAAGCUCACAGGUGCACACACGACACAGCUGAAAAUUGCCGCAACGAUAUUUUAGUAACAGGUGUUAGCCGGAUAGGUCCUAGUUACAGAUCAGGUCCCGGAUUUUGUCCAACGAUCAACGCUACAGGUGAUGGAAGUGAAGUGCUUGUCGCUGGUGGUACAAGCAAAUCUAUUAAAGUAAAAGUUCAUAUUAUUGGGCAAUUUAUAGUUCAAACGCGAUUCGUUUGUCAAUUUAAUAUUGAGGGACGUGUAACUAGUUUAAACGCUCAGUUGUUGGGUGACACCAUUUACUGCGAUAGCAUGGAAUUUCAGUACACUUCUAGAUCGCCCAAUUUGACAGCAACUUUCGCUGUAAUAUGGGGCGGGUCAAAGCCACUUGACAAUCCUCAUAAUAUACAUGUUGUUAUAUAUCGAUGUCGAGAAAUGGCCGACAGCUGUGGUAUAUGCUUGGCCCUAUCUGAAAAGUACAAUUGCGGAUGGUGUUCGUCUACUAAUACAUGCGAAGUUGAAGAACAAUGUAAUAAAAACAAAGAGGGGAAAACUGAUUGGUUAAAUCGAAGUGAAAUUUGUCCAAACCCUGAAGUUCAUACAUUCGAACCAAAAACAGGUCCCUGGGAAGGAGGAACAAAUAUAACAAUACGAGGAAUUAAUUUAGGCAAAAACUAUAAUGAUAUUUAUUCAGGAGUUCGAAUAGCUGGUAUAAAUUGUAUGCCUUUUCCCCAAUUUUAUAUUGACACAAAGCAAAUAGUAUGUACCGUGGAUAGUCCUGGAGAACAGAUGUAUAGAAAUGGCAAAAUAGUGGUACAAAUUGGGGACUAUCGUGGUGAGUCCAAAGAGGACUACGAGUUCGUUGACCCGAAAAUUUUGGAUUUUAAUCCAAAGUUCGGUCCAACUUCCGGUGGAACCGAAAUACAUAUAACUGGAAAGCACUUAAAUGCCGGCUCUCGCAUACAGGCAUCCAUAAACGAUCACUUACCUUGUAAAAUACUGAGCACAGAUUCUUCUCAAGCAAUAUGUCGCACUUCUCCUUCUCCUGGUAUUAUUGAAGGAAGACUGAAAAUGUCUUUUGAUAAUGGGCCCCGAGAGUUUAAUGAUUACAAUUUUAAAUAUGUACUGGAUCCUACAGUUGAACACGUUAGUUCUGGACCAAGUGGGCAAAUAAAAGUUCCAAAAGGAAUACCAGCAGGCGGUAUUCGAAUUUCUGUAACGGGUACCCAAUUUACCAGUAUACAGAAUCCCAAUAUUUAUGUAGUGUAUAAUGGAGAGAUGUAUGCAAGCCCAUGUCGGGUGCAAUCGGAUACGGAAAUGGAAUGUGCAUCUCCAGUUGUUGAUGUGGACAGUCAUAUUAUUGAAGCGGAAAGGCCAAUUCUUCUUGAAUAUGGAUUCCUAAUGGACAAUGUUUUGCGUGUUCAAAAUUUAUCUAAGAUUCAUAACAACCAUUUUGAGCUUUAUCCCAAUCCGGAGUAUUUCAUAUUUGAAGAAAGAGUUAAGUACUUUAAGAGUGAAUACUUAACCAUAAAUGGCCGAAAUUUGGAUCGCGCUUGCAAAGAAAGUGAUGUAGAAGUAAAGAUAGGAAAUGGAUUUUGCAAUAUAACAUCACUUUCAAGACAACAACUAACAUGUAGACCUCCUUCUGAAGCAACAGCAACCAAAAGCAUCAAUGGACCUGAAGUUAUUGUUCGUAUUGGAACUUCGCUAGAGUAUCGUAUCGGUAUACUUAGCUACGAAUCGUCUAACAUCAUUUUGGAUUGGGGAGAAAAUGUAAUUUUUGCUGUAAUAGCCACAAUUGUUAUCUUACUGCUGAUUUUUGUCGCUUUGCUUGUGGCUUAUAAAAAGAAAAGUUCGGAAUCGAGCCGAGUUCUUCGUAACAUGCAGGAGCAGAUGGACAUUCUGGAGCUACGUGUCGCAGCUGAAUGUAAAGAGGCCUUUGCCGAACUCCAAACUGAGAUGACUGAUCUCACAGGUGAUCUUACUUCUGGAGGGAUUCCAUUUUUGGAUUACCGGUCAUAUGCAAUGAAGAUUCUUUUUCCAAAUCAUGAAGACCACAUUGUACUACAAUGGGAACGUCCUGAGCUUCUUCGGAAAGAAAAAGGCUUACGCAUUUUUGGCCAACUAAUCAUGAAUAAAACUUUUCUGCUGCUUUUUAUACGAACCCUAGAGUCCAACCGAUACUUUUCAAUGCGAGAACGAGUUAAUGUGGCCUCCUUAAUAAUGGUCACUCUGCAAUCUAAAUUAGAAUAUUGUACAGAUAUAUUAAAAACUUUAUUGGGAGACUUGAUCGAAAAAUGUAUAGAAGGAAAGAGUCAUCCUAAGCUCUUACUACGUCGAACUGAAAGUGUGGCAGAAAAAAUGUUAAGUGCUUGGUUUACAUUCCUUCUUUACAAGUUUUUGAAGGAAUGUGCUGGCGAGCCUUUAUAUAUGCUUUUCCGAGCUGUGAAAGGACAAGUAGACAAGGGUCCUGUUGACGCUUGCACACAUGAGGCAAGGUACUCUCUUAGUGAGGAAAAACUUAUACGACAGUCUAUUGAUUUUCGACCAAUGAACGUUUACGCAAGCAUUAUACAGCAGCCAAUAUUUUGCAAUAACUUAGAUAUGUUACCUUCUCACACCGAAAAUGUAUCUGUUAAAGUAUUGGAUUGCGAUACAAUUGGACAAGUUAAAGAAAAAUGCUUGGAAACCAUUUAUAGAAACAUUCCAUCAAGCCAAAGACCUCGCAAGGAUGACUUAGAUUUAGAGUGGAGAACAGGCGCUACUGGGCGAGUAAUUCUGUACGAUGAGGACGUAACAUCAAAAACGGAGAGCGAAUGGAAAAAACUCAACACUUUGCAGCACUAUAAUGUUCCAGAUGGAGCCGGGCUGAGCUUAGUACCAAAGCAAAGUUCCAUUUACAACUUCAGUAUUUUAUCGGACAAAAAUGAAAAAUCGCACAAGUAUGAAACUCUUAAUAUAUCGAAAUACACCUCCUCCUCUCCGACAUUUAGCCGUGCCGGAAGUCCGCUUAACAAUGAUAUGCAUGAAAAUGGUCUGAGAUACUGGCAUCUAGUGAAACAUCAUGAUAGUGAUAUGCAAAAAGAAGGGGAACGGGUUAACAAAUUAGUGUCAGAGAUUUACUUAACCAGACUUUUGGCUACUAAAGGAACGCUUCAGAAAUUUGUAGAUGAUCUCUUUGAAACGAUAUUUAGCACCGCUCACCGUGGAUCGGCACUUCCAUUAGCUAUAAAGUACAUGUUUGAUUUUCUUGACGAUCAAGCUCAAUUGCACGGUAUUACUGAUCCAGAAGUUGUGCAUACUUGGAAAAGUAACAGUUUACCAUUGCGGUUUUGGGUGAACUUAAUUAAAAAUCCAAAUUUUGUCUUUGACAUCCAUAAGUCGAAUAUAGUGGAUUCCUGCCUAUCAGUAGUAGCUCAAACUUUUAUGGAUUCUUGUUCAACUUCUGAUCAUCGAUUGGGGAAAGACUCGCCAAGCUCGAAACUUCUGUAUGCAAAAGAUAUACCAGAGUAUCGAAAAUGGGUAGAUCGCUAUUAUAGAGACAUUCGGGAUAUGUCCCCCAUUUCAGAUCAGGACAUGAACGCCAUGCUUGCGGAAGAGUCAAGGCUGCACACAACAGAAUUUAAUACGAAUUGUGCUUUACAUGAGCUAUACACAUAUGCUGUGAAGUACAAUGAACAGCUAACUGUUACACUUGAAGAGGAUGAAUUUUCGCAAAAGCAGCGAUUGGCUUUUAAAUUAGAGCAAGUUCACAACAUAAUGUCGUCAGAAUAAGAACUGCGCUAUCCUACCAAGAUGACAACAAAAUACAAAAAAUGCAACAAUUUGAAAAUCAUUUGUAUAUGUCGUAUUUGCUCAUUAAUUGCUUAUAGUAUGUUAUUGUAUGUAUGUAUUUAUUUUAAGUAAACUCAUGUAAGAUCUAAUAUGCAAGACAAGUAAUCUAACUAAAAAAUCGACUGACUUUUAUUUAAACUAAAAAUAAACUAAUUGGUUUAUAUUUAUAUCGUUUUUUACCCAUAUUGAAGAUAAAACGAUUUCCGCGUUUUUUAUCUAAAGAUGAUGAUUCUAAGUCGCAUUCAAUACAAUACGAUAUAAAGCUAUCAAAUUUUGUACAUUUUAACGAUUUUAUUCCUCAAAAAAUAUUUAUGUGAAAGCAAAAAAAAUUUAAAGCAUAUGGCCACAUUUAUUAAUAAUAAAUAAUUUAUUAAUUAUAUGCUUCCAAUUAUUUAUGCGUUGUGAUAUUUAUACAAAAAUAAUACUGAUUUAUAUGUCUUAUGUUUUUAUAGUUUACCUUUUCCUGGGCAAGGAGUAUAAGUGACUAAAAGUUUAAAAAAAGGACGCUUAAAUAGUUACCCUUAUAUACCUUAUUUAAAGAACUUAUGUGGGUCGCAGGGGUUUUCCAGUUUUCAAUGACAAAAAAGCUUCUUUGGAAUUUUAGAAAUAUUCACUGUUGUUUUAUUAAUAUUUCUUUACGUUCUAUAUGGAUGUUAAGGGCAAUUAAAAAAAUAUUGUGUUUAAAAAUAUGAACGUUAAUUUAAAUAAUUUACAAAAAAAGUGUGUUGCGGUAAACAUAACAAUAUAGAACGAAAAUCACAAAGCCUUUUUCGAUUUUGUGUAAAUUGUUUAAAAAUAUUGUUUGUGGCCCUUCAAAAUAAAAUAUUGGAUUAUGUGAGAAAAUGUCGAUAUUUUUUAUUUAUAAAAGUACAAAAAAAUACAAAUGAAAAAAACGUUUUGCAAAAAUCUGUUAGAUAAUUGUCUAACAAUUAUCCAAUACAAUUGAAUUCGUGGCAUUGACGCUGUCAUGUUAACUGACUUUAUAAAUAUCCUUUCCGUGAAAAGCUAUUACAGCUUUUAGAAACUCUCCGCACACCCACACCCACGUUGAAGCUCUGCUUUUGCAACCUCUGUUGCGUGUACUCCGAUUAUCUUGAAAAUACCAUAUAACACAUUGCCAGGAUUCGAUAUUAUGUUUCCUCACAAAGAUUUUCGCAAUAUAAUUUUUUUAAGCAGUGGGUACUUUUUGUAAAGAUUCCUUUAUAAAGUGACAAAGUUGUUAAUACAAUUAUAGGUACAAUGAAAAAUUCCAUCAAAGUAAAAUACUUUUAAUAUCUAUUAUAUGUUAUUAAAUAUAGCCUGAAAUCAAUAUCAACUUAUAUUUUUACAGAUAUAAUGUUUGCCCAUAUGAUUAAUACAGAUAAAAGCAUUGAAACCCUAUUAAUUCUUUGCUCAACGGCACAAAAUUUGGAAAUAAAAAAUGCGAAUACCAUCACGUAACUGUAAACGUAUCCAAAUAUAAUUAUACAUCUUAUGGUAAUCCAUAUGAAAGAAAUUGAAUCAUUUUAAAUACCCGUUAACAUAUAAAUGAAACAAAUAAUGAGCUGUAUUAAUUAUUUUCGAAUUAUUUGUUUGUUAUUCAAAAUUAGGAUGAAUAUGAUUUAUUAGUUUAUGCUGUAAUAUUAGGUAUGAUUUAUUAUCUUAUAACAUUAUCUUACAAAAUGGUUUCGUUGUGCUAGUUCUUUUUAAAAUUAUAAAAAAAUUGUGACAUUUCAAUGUCCAUGUUCACAUAUUUUAAAUAAUUUACAGAAGUCGAUUAUAAGUCCAAAAUGAUAUAUUUUUUUAUUCAACAUUUCAUCUGGUCAAUUUACUGCUACUACGCAAAUAUACUUAUAAAUAGAAAAUAUAACUGUACCACGUAAUGUAUAAGAAUAUGUAUCACUUGUAUCUGUGUAUGUAUGUAAAAAUUAAUAAUUAAUAGUGUAUAUAUUUAUUGAAUUGAGGAAUUGGUAGAUGACCGAUGACUCGGAUCUAUAAUGAAAAACAUUAAUUUGUACCAAAAUAAAUUGAUAGCGAACGUAAUUCCGAACACAAAUUAAAUAUUCUAAUAUGCACAAAACAAAAUUCCCACCAAAUCGAUAUCCCAAUUAAGUAAACAAAACUGAACUUCGGAAAGCCGAGGAUUACAUACCCUUACAAAUAUAAAAUGAAGAGAUCGAAAUUUUUUCAUGAAACAGAGACAAAUAAUUUUAAAAUAAAAUCAUAACGUAUGUUCUUUAUAUUGCACCGUUAGCUCGAUGUAUAAUUCGGUUAUCCCGAGAUUUUACGAAAUCUCAUAAAAAGAAUAAAAGCAUGAAAAGCUAUAUAUAAGCUAUGACUAAUCCAAUCAUAUCUUUAUUCGUUGCAAAUUAUGUAACAGGUAAAUGGAAUCGUUUCCAACCAUAUAAAGUACACACAUAUUGAUCUAGAUCUGUCCGUCUGUCUUUCUGUACGUAUGAACGUCUUAAGAACUAUAAAAGCUAGAGACAUUACGCAUACCGGUUCUAGAGACAAGUUUGUUGACCCAUAUAACCACGUCCACUCGAACUCCCAAAACUGUCACUCCCACACUCUUGGAAAUUGUUUCUAUAUUUUUUCAUAUUUUUAUUAGUCUUGUAAAUUUCUAUCGAUUUGCCGAAAAACUUUUUGCCAAGCCCAUUCUGACACCCUAUUUAUUUAUGUUCUAUUUCAUAUUUUUUUGUAAAUUUCUAUCGAUUUGAUAAAUAUAUCUUUGCCACGCCCACUCUAACGCCCACAAACCGCCCAUUUUUUCUCAUUAUAUUCUCCAAUAUCUAUCGGUAUGCCAGAAAAAUUCUGAAAUUUUACGUUCGUUCUCACUUCAACUAUCUGAGUAACGGGUAUCUGAUAGUCGGGAAACUCGACUAUAGCUUUCUGUCAUGUUUUUGUUUAUAUUAUGGUAUUGUUUAUAGUGCGGAUUAAAUUAGGAACAUUUAAUAUAUUAUUUGGAAUAUGUGCUUAAGAAGGAUUUCCACAGAGAAAAUACAGACGUACAAUCGUAAAGAGUUUACAGCGAGCCUUGAAACAUCAGAAAAUUGGCACAUUAACCUUUAAAGAAAAGAUUUAUAUAAAGAUCUUUAGGGCACAGUUUUUAAAGAAGAUUAUGGAAAACAGUCAUGAAAAUUAGCAAUCUUUGUGGUAGGGUAGAAACAAUCAUACUUUUAUGUCAACACACUGUAAUUUUAUAAAAUCAUAUAAAAAAUAGCAUGAAUAUUUGUAUAUCCGUAACUUUUAGAGUAAAACUUUAUACCAGCAUCGUUAAAUGGUGUGUAAUAGAAAGAAAGCGUUCUCGACACUUCUGAGUAUGUAUAUUCCUAUUUAGGAUUAGGAAAUUUCCGUAUUUUCGUCUGGCUGUAUAAGAAUUCAAUUCAAAUGACAACUUUUUUACGACGCCCACCCUAACACCUUAACCUUAAUAAAUCUCCAAAAACUUUUUAAAUUUUUUUAUUUGUUUAUUAUUUGUCCUGCCAUGUUCUACCGAUAGAGCAAAAACAUUAAAUUAUUUUGCGAUGCUUUCCAAUUUAUAUUGAUAUGGUGAGAAAAUAAAAUGAUCUUAUUAGUUAUAAAUUCGAUCUCCCCAUUUUUGCAAGGGUAUAAAUAAGUAUCUAAACAAAGAAAUCCGAGUCCACUAUAAUGUAUAUGUAUCUCCAACAAGUAUAUAUAAGAAUGUCAGACUUACUGUAGAAACGAAACGUUGAACAGUCUUAAAACACGUAUUAACUAAGAACAUUUAUAAUGAUAAUUAUGGUAUUUUAAUCUGUGUGUAUACGUGUCUGUAAAAUAUUUGAAAAAAUAUACAACUCUAAACUGUG